ACUGUGAACUUGCAGUGCAUCGGAUCUCAGGCUGUGGCUGCUGGCAUUGUUGUACGUCGGCCGUGCAAGCGCAGCCGCUCACACCCCCCAGCUCGCUGCGGAUGCACAGCAGCCCAGUCUCGAUCUCGGCGCCCGGUAUAAAUGAAGUGACAGCUAGUUGACACUAGCCCAUCGUGACCUAAUUACUCUAACCAUUAAGACCUAUCGUCGUGAUUGGCAGUUUUGAAUGUAGUUUGACUGAAAUUUAGCGCUCAUCAACAAUCAGGUUUGACACAAGACGACCAAAAUGUCGUGUGAUGUAAGCACCCAAAUAUUGGAAAUCCCCGUGCUGGGCCGUCAAUUCAAGCUGGGAACUCUUUACAACGCUCGCACAGACGAGAUAAUUCCAGGUAAUCCGUUGUGGUCGGAAAAUGAAUCGAAGAAAUUCGAAGUUUCACGCAACGACGGCUACAUUUACUCGCUGAUUGCUCCGGGUCUGCUCAGCGACAAAUUUCAAGAACUCAACGUCAACGGGUCGCUGCAAAUUUGCAUACUGACUGGAAUGGUCGAACCCAAAGGGCCGGCCAGCUACCUGACGAAAAAGAAAGCGACUUAUCGCGAGUCGAGCGUCCACGUCAAGUGUUACUGCAACACGGCAAUCAGACAAGUGCCGGCCAAUCAAUUGGAAGACAACAAAAACAGUUUCGCCAACAUCUCAAAGAUCGGGAGAAACGCGACGGCCACUCACGUUGUCUCCCAAAUCCAGUACGGAUCCGAAUCGACUUUCACGCUGACCAAACGAUUCAAAGACGCCAAAGAUGGCCAGAAAGUUGACGACCAGUUGGCCGCCUGCGGUAGUCAUUUACUUGACGUUCUCAAGGGAAACGUGAUGGCCAGCAACGGAACCAAGUCGGACGUCGAGUGUCACUUUCAAGCCGAUUUCCAGCUCCCGAAAAACGUCAAAGCUCCGACAACGUACGAGGAAGCCGUCAAGUUCGCCGGCCACAACAAGUUGAGUCAAGUGGCAUCCGACGCUAUGGGCAGAGACGCGUCAGCUGGAAACGAGCCACUUGGCGUGCCGUGUAUCAUUUGGCUCUACCCGCUGGUCUUGCUGCCAGGAUCCGAGGCAGCACCGGCCGUCAAGUAUGAAAUUAACCGAACCUUGGCGUCCGAAUGCGUCCGCCACGUCCAAGACUACGACCAAGUCCAAGAUCGACUCGACGACAUGCUCAAAGACCCUCUGGUGGCCAAACUGAGCCCGUUGCACGGGAAAUUGACACAUUUCCGGGAGCAUUUCAAUUCCUUCCGGGAGGAUUUGAACAAGAAAUUGAGAGAAAUGGUCCUGAAUAUUCGGUGCGGAUUAGACACGGUUCCGUCGUUCAAAAAAUUUCUGAUCCGCUUCGGCAGCGAAGGAUUCGCCUUCAAUCCGAAAUAUUUACUCCGCUGGAUGGAUGAGAAAGACAAGGAGCUCUGCGCCAUGAGAAAAUUUCACGAUCAGAUCGACACUCACCAGCUGGAAUACACGGAAAAGGUGAUGCUAUUCCCGGUGACGGAAAUGCUGCGCAAGCAGACGGGCAAAUUCACAGUGAGAUUCGCCUAUCAGCUGGUUUUCGCUUCGCUGGCCCGCCCAGAGCCAUUCCUGGAUCUACUCAAAGAUAAAACGCUGGAUUCGGAUUUCACCAACGACAUUCCGGAAGCGCCGGCGGAUAAUAAUGACGUCAAUCUUUGGUGCGAGGACAAGGGAGCAAUCAAGAGGAUCGAGAAGGAGAUCAACAUUUUCGCCGAAUUGAUUCAAGAGAAAACCGAAGCCAAAAGUUUCGUGUUCGCCAUUACGGCGCCCGACAAAUACACCGAGCCGACGCCGGCCGAUCUGGAAAUCAAUUCCGAAUUCAGGAUCGCCGAAUUCAGGGUCAUCAUCAACACGGAUGAUGACGAUUCCGAUUCAGGAUCGUCGGCGGUGCUCACCCGCCGGCAAAUUCAACACCACGGAUGGGACGCCCUUCACGCCGUCGUCCGUCACUACCCCGUCGACAAACUGAUCGACAUUGUCCGGCUCCUGUCCGACCUGGAAGUUGAAAAGAGCUGGGACAAAUGCAACCCCCUGCUGGCCUUGGUCCGGUUCUACACCAAAGACAAUUUGAUCGACUUUAUUCGACUCUUCCUGGAGCGCGGGAUCGACGUCAACUGCAAGGAUCUCGAAGGCUGGAACGCCCUCAUGUCCCUGUGCCAGUGCUACAAGCACAAUUACACCUACAAGCUGAUGGACGUCGUCCGGCUCUUCCUGGACAGCGGGAUCGAUCCCAAUUGCAAAACGAAAAUCGGCAACAACGCCCUCUACUUGCUCUGCCGGAAUUACCACAAAAACGACCUGCUCCAAAUCGUCGAGCUCUUCCUGGAGAGCGGGAUCGACGUCAACUGCCGCAACAACGACGGCUGGAACGCCCUCCACUUUGUCAUAGAGUACUACCACGAAGAAGAUAUGAUCGAAUUCUUCCGGAUGUUCAUCCAGAAAGGCAUCGAUGUCAACUGCAAAAACAACGACGGAUGCAACGUCCUGCUGGCCCUGUGCAGGAAUUACGGCAAAGAUAAUUUCAUCGACAUUCUCAAUUUGCUGUUGGGGCGCGGGAUCGACAUCAACUGCAAGGAUCGCUUCGGUGAAAACGCCCUCCACUAUGUUAGCACCUUCUGCUGUCAGGAUUACGCCACCGAGAUAUUCGAGCUGCUCAUUCAGAGCGGGAUCGACGUCAACUGCAAAAACGACGAGGGCUGGAACGCCCUGCUGCUCCUGUGCCGAAACUAUCAGAAAGACGAUCUCAUCACGGAAAUCGUCGAGCUGCUCGUCGACCUGGGCAUCGACGUCAACUGCAAAACACUCGACGGCUGGAACGCCCUGGUGGCCUUGUGUCGCUACUACAAGCGAGCCAAUUUGAUCGACGUUGCCAAAUUGCUCAUCAAACAAGGAGUCAACAUCAAUUACACGACUUUUGACGGGUGCAACGCUCUACUGCACUUGUGUCGAUAUUACCAAAAGGACAACCUGUACGACAUUGCCAAAUUGUUGCUGGACAACGGGAUCGACGUCAACUGCAAGAGUCACGCAGGUCUGAACGCCCUGCACUUAUUGUGCCAUUACGGCACCAAGAAAAACGCGAUGGAAACCGUCCGGCUGCUGAUCGAACGCGGGAUCGAUGUCAACUGGAAGGCCAAAGACGGUUGCAAUGCUCUGAUCGCCCUGUGUCGCGAGUGCGACAAGGAGAGUCUGCCGGAAAUAGUUAAACUCCUGCUGGAGCGCGGGGUCGAAGUCAACUGCAAGGAUCACGAAGGAUGGAACGCCCUCCACUUUGUGUGCCGCAAAUGCCCCAGAGAACACUUGUACGCCGUCGUUCGACUCUUGGUCAUUUGGAACAUCGACAAGAGCGUCAUGACGAUCGGAAUGGCCAGCGCUCGAUCCUUCCUUCUCAACCGUUACACAGAAGAGGACGUCAAGGAUGUUAUUCAAAUGUUAUAAGUGCAAAUAUUCGUUUUUUGUGGUGGGGGUGGGGGUUUGUUGUACAAUUUUUGUUGCGGUGCGAUUUUCUUGGCUUGAACCUGCUUACGUUUUCAUAACUGUCAUUGUAUAUUCUUAAUACACGACUGCGUUGUA